UGUACUCGAUACUUAUUCAAAUUUCUUAAUCAGCUGAUUGUGUUUAUUCUUGUUUACAUGUCGAUUUGCGGCAUGUGGAUCCUUUAUGCCUUUCUGCUGCAUGUGCUGCUGCUUGGCUCAAUAUUUGUGAUUUAUUUCCGGUCACCUGUUAUAAAGGGACUGCUGCCACAAGCAAGGAUAGAUGCGCAUCCACCAGCAGACCGACUAGUAUUGAUAGUCACCGAUGGACUGCGAGCUGAGUCAUUUUUUGCAGACAACUGCAAUCAUGUGCCACACCUGCGUGAAAUAUUCCUUCGUGAAGGAUUAGUGGGAGUCUCUCGAACACGCGUGCCAACUGAGUCACGACCUGGACAUAUAGCCUUAAUCGCUGGCCUCUAUGAGGAUCCCUCUGCAGUAACUCGUGGAUGGAAAGCGAAUCCAAUUGAAUUCGACACAGUGUUUAAUCGCAGUGACCACACCUAUGCAUGGGGCGCCCACGAUGUGCUGCAUAUAUUUGAGAAGCUAGCCGACAGUGGGCGCCCAAUGCAUUUUGAUGCCUACAAUCAUGACUUGGACUUCUCGGGACAGCAUAAGACUUAUAAUCUGGACGAAUGGGUGUUUAAGAAGGUUCGACUUCUGCUGCAACGUAAGCAAGAGGAGCUGCGUAAGGCUAAGCACAUGGUAUUUUUCCUCCAUUUAUUGGGACUUGAUACGGCUGGUCAUGUACAUAAACCGGGCACUCGGCUGUUUCUUGAAAAUCUCAACUACACGCAGCAGAACAUUUAUGAAAUUUUUAAGAAAUUCGAAGACGUAUUUCCUGACGGGCGGACAGCCUAUUUGCUUACCUCUGACCACGGAAUGACUGACUCAGGAUCACAUGGUGCUGGAACGUUGUAUGAAACGGACACACCAUUCAUGCUUUGGGGAUCUGGAGUUUCCCGCAAUGUUUCCUCAGCUAAAACCUUUGUGGCCAAUGAUGCAGGGGCAAAAUUGCCUCUGCACGAGCUCGAACAGGCGCAGUUGACACCAUUAAUGUCUGCACUGAUAGGAUUGCCGCCACCAAUGAAUAACUUUGGGGUCUUACCCUAUGGAUAUAUCAAUACAGGAAAGAAGUAUGAGUCGUUAGCAGCUCACAGCAAUGCCUUACAACUGCUGGCCCAAUAUGAGAAGCUGCGUGAAGAGCAUAUGCGCGGAAUAUUUGCGGCUUAUUUAAAGGUCUAUAAACCUUUAGAUGCAGUUGUUGUCGAUGAAUUUAAGGCUAACUUUAAAGAGCUUUUGGAGAAGAAAGAUUAUGAGCAAAUGUUGGUCAACUGCGCCAAUAUAAUGCAUCUGGCCUUGGAUGGAAUCGACUACUAUCAUGGAUACUACCGCAAUGCGCUCUUGCUAUGCACUACGGCAACCAUGCUCGGCUGGAUGUUCUAUCUAUAUCGCCUGCUUAACCAAAGAGCAACAACCAAACUAAUUGAAUAUUCAUCUUACGUCAAACGUGCCUUACUAAUUUCCAUUGUGUUGGUAAUAUGCUUCAUAGCAGCACAGCGCAUGGCAUUGCCAAUUGGACUCUAUCUGCUGCUGCCGCUGCCAGUUUGGCUGAUCGCUCUUCGAAGACAUCCCAUCAAAGAAACGGAACAGAGUCCGCAUGCAGCCCACAAUCGAUUUUCGCUGGCACAGCUGUUGCUGAUUAUAAUUUGUGCAGAGCUACUGGUAUUUACCUUUUUUGAGCGCCGCUUGAUCUCCAUCUGCUUUUUGGCGUUUGCAUUAUAUACAAAUUGGCGCAACUUCAAGAUAAACACAUGCCAAUUCUAUCUGUGGCUGGCAAUUGUGGUAGCACUCUCAUGCUUUCCACUGCUGCCGCCCUCGGUUGGCUACCAAAAUCGCUAUCUAUUUAUGGCUGGCAUUGUGGUUGUGCUUCUGCGUGCAUUUCUCACACAGAACUGGCGAAGAUAUAGUUGGCAUACUCACGUUUGCAACGUACUAAUCCUUGUAAGCGCCGUUGCUUGCGUUCAGCUACACAGCCAACAAUUGGCCAUUCCACUCGCGCUAAAAGUAUUAAGUUGGCUUUAUCUGGUGUACAGCAUAGUUUCCAUACAGCUUAACAAGGAGACAUCGUUGGAGCUUCGUCUGGAGCAGAUCACAUACAAUUUAGGCGUGCUUUAUACGCUCUUGUGCACCUCAUACGAGUCGCUAUUCAUACAGCUGCUGGGCUGGGAGCUCUCUAUGUCACUGAAAGCACAGCGUUCAAAAACGGAUAUGCUCCAACAGAGCCAAGCGCCGAAUAUGCAAACAUCCCUACGUGUCGCCUUCACAGUGCUGCUGUACACAUUCUUCUCGCUCUUUGGCAGCGGAAACAUUGCAUCCGUUAGCUCCUUUGACCCAAACAUUGCGCGCUGCUUUCUCAGCCAUUUUGCACCGUUUAUAAUUUUGGCAUUGGUGCUGCUGAAGCUCCUGCUUCCCGUUAUACUCAACUUAUCCACUGUGUACGCUUACUGCGAGUACACACGACUACAGGAGCGUCAUGUUUUCAUUUGUCUGCUACUCAUUUGCGAUAUCAUGGGACUAAACUUUUUGUUCCUAGUGCGCAAUACAGGCUCGUGGCUGGAGAUUGGCUCUUCUAUAUCGCAUUUUGUAAUCAUGGAGGUAACUACAUUAGUUCUACUGCUCUUGGCAUAUGCCGCCAAGAUGCUUCUUCGCUUGUCCAACUGUCAAGCAGUUGCAGCCAAACUGCGAUAAUUCCAUUUAUUUUGUUUGAUAAACCUAACCAAAGUACUUUUAUUUUCUCUCGUCUUGUAAGUCUAAUAAAUGUUAUACACAUGUUGUAAAUAUAU